AUGAACCCGUCCCACCCGCAGAAUCAUUUUCUGGAAAUAGGCAAGAAGAACUGCUGUGUGUUCCGGGAUGAUUUCAUUGCCAAGGUGCUGCCGCCGGUGGUGGGGCUGGAGUUUGUGUUCGGGCUCCUGGGCAAUGGCCUUGCCCUGUGGGUUUUCUGCUUCCACCUCAAGUCCUGGAAAGCCAGCCGGGUGUUUCUGUUCAACUUGGCCGUGGCUGACUUUCUCCUGAUCAUCUGCCUGCCUUUCCUGACCGACAACUACGUGAGGAAGUGGGACUGGAGGUUUGGGGAGGUCCCGUGCCGGAUGAUGCUCUUCAUGCUGGCCAUGAACCGCCAGGGCAGCAUCAUCUUCCUCACGGUGGUGGCCGUGGACAGGUACUUCCGAGUGGUCCAUCCCCAUCACGCGCUGAACAAGAUCUCCAAUCGGACGGCGGCCCUCAUCUCCUGCCUCCUGUGGGGCGUCACCAUCGGCCUGACGAUCCACCUCCUGUACAAAACGAUGCUGAUCAGGAAUCGCAACUCGAAUCUGUGCAGUAGCUUCAACAUCUGCCACACUUUCCGCUGGCACGACGCCAUGUUCCUCCUGGAGUUCUUCCUGCCCCUGGGCAUCAUCCUGUUCUGCUCGGCCAGAAUCAUCUGGAGCCUGCGGCAGCGACAAAUGAACAAGCACGCCAAGAUCAAGAGGGCCAUCAACUUCAUCAUGGUGGUGGCCAUCGUCUUCAUCAUCUGCUUCCUGCCCAGUGUGGCCGCACGCAUACGCAUUUUCUGGCUCCUGCACACCACUGGUACAAAGAACUGUGACGCCUAUCGCUCGGUUGACCUGGCUUUUUAUAUCACCCUCAGCUUCACCUACAUGAACAGCAUGCUGGACCCUUUGGUGUAUUACUUCUCCAGCCCAUCUUUCCCCAACUUCUUCUCCGCCUUGAUCAACCGCUGCCUGCGGAGGAAGGUGCCGGAUGAGUCCGAGAAUAACCGCAGCACAAGUGUCGAGCUCACGGGGGAUCCGAGUACUACCAAGAACGUUCCUGACACUUUAAUGGCCAAUCCCAGUGAGCCUCAGAGCCCCUCUUAUCUGACUCCAGCCUCUCCUUAAAAUAACCAAGCCAAGAAGGGAGAUGAUCAUCAAGGACCAAGAUCUCUGGAGAAGCAGUUGGGCUGGUACACAGAGUAACAUCAUGAGCCUUGGCCUGUGGUUUCCCAGAACUUCCAGAUCCAGAGAAUCCGAUUUAGAGAAUUGGUCUGGCAGCAUGGGCUGCUUGGUUGCAGCGUGUCUCCCCCGGGAUCUUGGGGGAACGGAGGAAGAAGCUUCUAGGUGUCUGAAACUUCUGUUCAAUCUUGGACACUCGCAGAACUGAA